CUCAGCGUGUUGCAGGCGAUGCGGAGGGAUGGUUGAGAUCUGAGAGGCGGACGCGCUCUCCAGUGAUGUCCCUGUAAGAAUGCCACCUCUUGCGGCUGUGAGGUUCAGCCUCCUGUGCUUUCUCGGUUCCAGCGUCGCCAAAGCGCUGCACGGUGCAGCUGUACACGAGGUGUCUGUAAAAGUUCAAGUCUUUGAUAACGGUGACCUCUCACCCCUGACGGACGCUGCAGUUGACAUUUACACAAAUCAGUCCUGGUUAGCCACAGGAACCACUGAUAAAGAUGGAGUGGCUCUGAUCACAUUACAAUACCGUCUGGGAACCUGGCUAAUCGUCACUGCAGCAAAGCCUGGCUUUGUGACAAAUUCUGCUCCAUGGCAUGCCAACAAAACACCACUGUUUACAUCAGUGAGCCUCUAUCUUCUUCCAGAACGGCCAGCUACCCUGAUGCUAUACGACGAUGUGGUGCAAAUCCUAUUGGGAUCACCGGGAAUUGGAUACUUUACGCUUCAAGUAGUUCCAGUGUCUGCAUCAAAACGUAUUUUAGAUUAG